AUGACACAAGAGUUUACGAGAACACAGAUUUUCGGAACGGUAUUCGAAACAACGUCCAGAUACACGGACCUGAACCCUGUGGGGAUGGGUGCGUUUGGUCUGGUGUGUUCUGCAAAGGAUAAGCUGACGCAACAGAACGUUGCCAUCAAGAAGGUUAUGAAGCCGUUCUCAACAGCUGUGUUGGCCAAAAGAACGUACCGCGAGCUCAAACUGCUCAACCACCUCAGACAUGAGAACCUGAUUUCGCUUGACGAUAUUUUCCUGUCGCCACUGGAAGACAUUUAUUUUGUCACCGAGCUACAGGGAACGGAUUUACACAGACUGCUGACGUCAAGGCCUUUGGAAAAACAGUUCAUCCAGUACUUCCUAUACCAGAUCCUACGUGGACUCAAGUACGUGCACUCUGCAGGGGUUAUCCACAGAGACUUGAAACCAAGCAACAUCCUAAUUAAUGAAAAUUGCGACUUGAAAAUAUGCGACUUUGGCCUCGCCAGAAUCCAAGACCCACAGAUGACGGGCUACGUUUCCACUCGGUACUAUCGUGCGCCGGAGAUCAUGCUCACAUGGCAAAAGUACGACACAGAGGUGGAUAUCUGGUCUGCAGGAUGUAUCUUCGCGGAAAUGAUAGAAGGCAAGCCUCUGUUCCCCGGCAAAGACCACGUUCACCAGUUCUCGAUCAUCACCGAGCUUUUGGGGUCCCCACCUGCAGACGUCAUUGACACCAUCUGCUCGGAAAACACGCUCAGAUUCGUCCAGUCGCUUCCUCACAAAGAGCCAGUCCCGCUGUCUGAGCGAUUUAAGGGUGUCGAGCCUGAGGCCGUCGACCUUCUUUCCAAGAUGCUUGUUUUCGACCCUCGCAAGCGGGUCACUGCAGAACAGGCGCUCGAACACCCGUACCUGAGCCCGUACCACGACCCGUCGGACGAGCCGACCGCUGAGGAGAAGUUCGACUGGAGUUUCAACGACGCAGACCUGCCGCUUGAUACCUGGAGAAUAAUGAUGUACAGCGAGAUCCUGGACUUCCAUGAGAUCGAGAGCUCUGAGGCUCUGAACGGCAGCAACGUUCAGCAGGAGCAGUAUGAGGCAGAAAUGAUACAGCAGCAACAUCAGCAGAGUGCUGGACAACCUGUCAGAGACAUGAACUAG